GUAACUUUUAGUUUAUUACCAUUAUUAUUGGUUAUGUUUAAAUUUUAAAAGUUGUGAAAUGUUUAUUUUCUAUGCUAUUCAAACGGUUGUGUUUUUAUCCAGUUAAGUAAAUGUUAAAAUAUAAAUAAAUAUUUGCCCAAUUGAUUGACAUAUUACGGUUAAACCUCUGUGGUUUCCCGGUAAAAAAAUAACCUCAAAUAACAACAAUGAGUUUCUUUGAAUUAGACUGUUUAAAUGAAGAUGUUUUAAGCAAAAAAGAAAAAUUUCUGCCUCUACUAAUUAUAUCCUUUUUAUAUUAAUAUAUUUUUGUGUGAAUUAACAAUAUAUGCCUUAAUAAAAUAUACAGUUCGAUUGAAAAUGAAGAACCCAAACAAAUAGCUGAAAACGCUAAAUAUGUGUGUGAUUUUAUAUCAGAAUAUGACGUAGCUGUUGUUAAUGAUGAACUUUUAGUUCUUAUUGUUCCUGCAAUUAAAAAUAGUUUGGAAAAAUGUUUUGAAGACAAUAUUUUAAUUGCCACCACUACCGAUGAUAUGGGCAUGCAAGAUAUACUCAAAGAAAAUUUAAACACGGCAGUAUUAUUGUUGGACAUUUUUAAAAAUAUAUUGGAAUAUUUUGCAGCACAAGAAAACAUACUGUUGACUCAUAUUUUAUGCCUUCCAGUUAAUGUUGCAAAUUCGUUGCUAAACAGUUUUAAACAUUGUAAAGAAGGACAGGAUAUCUACAAAAAUAAUUUUAACACAGAGUUACUUGAACUGUUUAAAAUAGCACAGGAUGUUCAUUCAGUAUUAUUAAAAACAAUUGAAAGUUGUUGUUUGGAAGGAGUUAAUACAGAAAUCUGUAAUAAUUUUUUAGAUAAUUUAAGUGAUAUUGGUGAGAUUUUAUCAGAAAUUAAUGUAAAAUGUAUGGCUGAUAAUUGGAAAAGUUACACUUUGAUUACAAAAAAAAUCACAACAGUUGUUAAAAUAGAUAUGACUGCACAUUUAAGCAAAAAUUUUAUUUGUUUGGAAAAAAUAAUUUGUAAAAAUAUCGCAUUAUUUAAGGAAAAUAUUGAUUCAGAUAAAAAAACAGCUCUACAAAGCCUGAAAAUAUCAAUAUUUUUAGUUAAAGUUGUCAUUAAAAUAUGUGACACAUUUUGGGCCUUGCUAAAGAAUUUACUAAAACCUAUUUUAAAAUUAUGUCUCACAAUUUAUAGCGGACAUAAUGGGACCAAAGAAAACAGAGAUUUAUACAGUAACGCAAUUUUGGAAUUAUUUAAACCAUUCUUGCAAAAGUUGUGUGAUGAAUCGUAUUUUUUACAAGAGCUAGAAAACUAUAAUAUAAACGACAAAAACAAAUUUAUGUUCUUCAAUUUGUUAAACAAUGUUUUUGAUGUGUUAAAAACAUGUCAAAAUGAACCUGACAUCGAGAACUUACUAAUAAAAUUUUUUCAAACGGUCAAAUUAAGUUAUUCUGAAUUGACUUUCGGAAUAAAUCUAUAUGAUGCUGCUUUGGUUAAUAUUUCUGUUUGUAUUUUAAUAUUAAAAUGCUCAAAUUUGGAAAAUAUUUUGCUUGCAAAUGUUUUGCAAACAAAUAUUUGGUGUAAUAUGUUGGCAGUAGAUAUUUGGUGCAUAAUUUUAAGUAAUUCUGAAUCCAGUUUAGUACUACAAACAUUACUUGACCUUAUUUCAAUACAACAACUAUCAGAUUUUGGCAUUUUCACAAAAAGAAUAGAAAAUUCAAAUUUAGAUAAUCUUGUUAAAAGAAUUUAUAAAUUAUUACCAGUGGACUGUAAUAAACAUAUUGCCCUUCAAUAUCCACCAAAUGAAAAUAUUACACUAUGGAACAUUUUGGGGUAUCAAAACUUAUCAAUUUUGGAAAAAAAUAUAAUUCUUCAAAAUCUACCUGACAAGGCAUUUUGCAAAAACAACUUAAAUAAAUUGGAGAACUUUCAACAUUUUUAUUUAUCGUUGCAAUAUUUGGAAGCUAAUAAUUUAAUAACAAAUGGGGGCCUGAAUAUAUAUUGGCUCAAUGAUCUUUGGAGUUUUCACAAACCACCUGAAAAUAUUUUAAAUAAUAACAUAUUUAAAAUGUAUUUUACAGUUUUAGGAAAAAUAACAUUAAAUAAUAUAAAAAAAUUACCAAAACCCCUAAUUAUGACGAUUUUGGAUCAAUUACUAUUAUUAGGCUGUGAAAACGAAUUUAAAUCUUUAAUCACAGACAUCAUACAUGAGCUAUGCCUAAGUUAUCAAGAAGAAUUUGGUCCAGAUCAAUACAAAUUGUAUCGCAUUUUGGGGGGCUUAAUUUAUCCGGUGUUACUAAAAAAUUGCGAUGUCACAAAAAAAAUUAAAAUCUACGAUUUAAUUGGCAAACUAAACGACAGUCCUGCUUAUAAAAAUGUGGUUAAAACCGUGUUCCAAAAUGCUGUGGAUUUACAGAACGAAAUGGGAAAUUUUAUUAAAGAAAAUUUUCAGUUGUGUUUAGAUCCGAAUUAUAUACAGUCAAUAGAAAAAGUUUCAAUUGAUCAUAGCUGUACACUAUGGAGAAGAGAUGCUUUUAAUAAAGGAAUUAAAUCAAAGUUAUCUCAUAGUUUGCAACAAACAGAAUUUAAAGAAAAAAUUAAAAGCGAUGAUAAAACUUCUAAAUUAAAUUUUAAACCCACGGAAAAUUUGGAGUUUCCACCAGCUAAAAAAUGCAAGAUGGAUGAAGAGACGCCGAGUGAUGUUACAGAGGCUUUAAGUUCCAUUAAAACAGAGAUUAAAAGUUUAAUGAAAAUUUUGAAAACCGAUAAAAUGUCACCAAAAAAUGCAUCCCAACUUAAAAUUAUUAUAAGUCAGCUGCAAUCUUUGUUGUAAAUAAAAAAUGUAUAAAAUAAUUUUAUUUUA